CCAGGCUUGUGGACCACUGUCGUCUAACUAUGACUGAACUUCGUUCUUUUGGAGUCCGCGUGACCAAUGACAGAAUACGUGCUGUGGGUCGUGGUUGAUGUUGGGACGUGCUGACUGUUCUGAGUGCAUGUGGGUUCAUUUCCUCCGUGUGUUUCAGGGAAUGGCUACACAUGGACGAAGCCGCUCCGCUGGUGGUUCCGCCCCGCACGGAGAGGAGCGUCGAGGGACGACGUCGUCGCCGGCAAGGGAAACGAGUCGGCGAGUUGGAGGUGGGGAGGAAGAACGACGUGCUCAAAACUUGUGGUGCGACUACAGCAAACGUGUCUGGUAUUUGGACUGGGCGAGCCAGGACGGCUCCCACCCGUUGCAACCACCGUGCGGGCCGCUCUUGUUCGUCGCCGUUCGUGCCGACAGAACGCGUCUCGCAGGGUCCAUCGUCCAGUGGGUCGACGAUGGCGAAUUCAAUUUCAAGUUUACGUUGAAGAAGCAUCACAGAAAAGAUGGUUCUGUCGACGGCAUCGCAAAGGGAUGCAAGGUUGCCGGGAGGAUGUUCGGCGGGUACGGCCGUCGUGCGAUGUCUUUGCCUCAAUUUCUCCCGCUAGCGUCGGGGCACGACGAGGUCGUUCACGUCACAGACUUCCUCGAGGUCUGGGCGAAAUCUGGUACCUCUGUCAGUGCCGUGGACGUCGGACCUAGAACAUCGAUCAGUGGUCCUGUUGGGUUCACGGGAGGAGAGUGCUCUGAAAGGGUGAUGGGAGGUCAGGGCGACCUGCCAGCUACGCCUCCUGAUCAAGAGGUGGGCAUGUCAGACGACUCGGAGGACGACCAUCCGCGUGCUCCUUUGAAAUCGGACUUGCAUGUGGCCGAGGUUUCGCCUGGAGAUCGAGCGGGUGGUCCGCAGGUUCGAGAGGUGCAUGGGUCAGAUGAGACGACUCGCCGGGCCCGACCAGCGCCUGGGGAACUACAGACGGAGUUGAGCCAGGAACGAGAAGCAAGUGGGAACGUCGCCGGUGAGGAGGAGGUGUCCGAGCAGGGGCUGUUCGGUGAGAGAUCGGGUGAAAAGACUCAGUCGGGAGGCAAGCACAACUUGCCGGAUGAGGAAGAGGGAGAGGGACUAGGUGCUCUGAAAAGGCAGAGAAAGGUAGGAGGGAGUGCUCGGACGCCAACAACACGAGAGGGCGGUUCCGUUGAGAAGAGGAAAAGGGUGGAUGAAACGCGAAAAGACUCGUCGACACAGCGAAGAACCGGUGAGUCUUCCGGGAAAAGGGCGAAAUCAUCGAGGGGGAAGAAAGCAGACGAGGGCGACAGCGGGGAGGGGGAUGAUGACGUGGAGAUUAACCUCAACGCCUUUAACCUCGACAAUGCGUUCUUCCUCGAGAUGCAAACAGGGGUGCAGAAGGACGUCGUCUCACACCCGGAGAAAUACUGGUAUUAUCUUGUGUGUGGACAACAUAACGCGAGGGCGGCGAUGAUGGUGAAAGACCAUCCCGUGUUUGAUUACUACAACUUCUGUAAAUGGUCGUUCAGACUGAUCUACUUCCCUGACGACGAGUUCGACGGCUACGCCCAUGUCAGCUGCGAAGACAACAUGAAAGACAAGAAGAAUCCACCGGGCUUGCAGGUUUUGUCUAUGCGGGACAUUCACAAUAUCUGGAAAAUAAAGGGCAAACCGCGUGUGGUGCUCGACAAUGCCUCAAAGAAACAGGACGAGGUGCGAAAGUGGGUGCGGUUCAUGGCAUUGGCAAUGAAGAAGACGCCGUACACGCCUAUCAGGAACCUGUCAACGGAAGCAAAGGAAAGAAAGGAAUGGGCUGAGAAACUUCGAUACUACCUCCCGCUGGCCAUGGCAGAUGACUCCGUCUUCGCUUUGKGGUUGAAGUUCUAUGAGGAGUGGUCGAAAGGAAAACUCCUUGCUUCCGACGGCCGGCGUUGGACUGAAAAGCCGCCCACCCAUGAGGAGGUGGCCAAGCCAGACCUCUCCACUGUGACUGACAGCCACGGGCUGAAGAAACACGUCAGGUACGUGAAGGUGGACGACCCGUCAUUGAAAAAGGGGAAGGGGAAGCCAAAGAAAAGUGCGGAGGAGAAAACUUUCUAUGUCCAAGUUCCGAAGCCGGAUUUGGCCGAGCAGGGGAAGUUCAGUGUCAAGGAGAUGGUUGACAUAAUAAAAAUGGACCGGAUUAUGCUGAGGCUGUGGCACUACGUGGAGUUCGAGUACGAGGAAAUGGAUAAGCGGGAGUGGAAUGCCAACUCCACGUUCUUCAGGUCCAAGAAGCAACUGUUCGAAGAGUUCAAGGACAGAGGUCUCGACGACAAGCUUUGGAACGAGAGCAGGAAUUUUUUCACGGACAUCACAUACGUCAACAAGUGCCCUCAGUUUCUCGGGUGUCAUCACGACAACAACAUCAAGAGAACGGCGGCCCUCGUCAACGACCAGCAUUUCCCUGGGGAAUGGAAGCGUGUCGUCCUUUCGGUGAUCACUGGAGAUCGCGCCAAAGGCAAAAAAAACCCUCGGGGCGUUGAUGAAUGCAUCAACAUUAUGUGGACAAGGACAUGCGCCUUGACGACGCUGGCCCAAUUUAACGUCGACCCAUUGACUGCCAUAGAUCACAAGGCCGCGCUGGGAAAACUAGGGCAUCAGCUACGCUCCCACACUUGCGUGCUUGACUUGUGCGGAACUGUUAACCGUGCGCAAUGGGACUCUCGGGCAUUCGCGUCUCUGAGUGAGUUGCUGGGCUUCGUUUGUCAGGACUACUGGACAUUGGUGGUAUUCGUCUCCUGCCUGUGGAACCUCUCCUCCAUGACAUGUUUGUCUGCGCUUGGGGCUACCCGACGCUACAUGGGGAAGUGGGUUCGGAAGACGGCAUCGAAGAAGACGCAUCAGUUCGGAAAUAGCGUCUGGGAGGAGCCGGAUGUGAUGCACAUCCUUUUCAAAGGCAAGGAUCCUCAGCUACUGACUCACCCGGUGUACGAGGGAGCUGUUGCUGAAGACGACGACGCAGCUCUCCGGAGGAAACAGAAAGUGACACCCACGGAUGUGGAGGAGAAGUCUUUCAAGUCUUUGACUUUCGCGGACAUCGGAAACCUGACCCAGAGGGGGGCUCUGUACAAGGACGGCGAGCGAAAUCCGAAACAGUUGUGCAAUCAGCUUCUUUUCUUCUGUGGUGUGACGGAUGCCGUGGUGUUCUUGGGCAAGCUGCACGCGCAGGUGGUGUGGAGUCUGCUUCAGCAGGGAAGGCACGUCUUGGUCGUGGAUGGGGACACAACGCAGCUCGAAUACACCGUGCAGUAUGUCACCCAUGAAGUGUCGUCCAAGGCUUACCCAUGUGAUUUCCACCAUGUCGUGGUUGAGCCCGUUUAUGACACGAACAAGGACAUGUUCUUCAAGUUGACUCCGAAGAAAAUGCGCCAGGUCUACUCCUUCCUUUACGGCGAACAACCAAGGUUGAGAUUUGACCCGCAGUACGUGGUGCGGAAGGAAAUCGCCAUUGCGGUCCUCCAGGGCUACCACGGAGCGAGUCGGGCCGGCGCUGUGAGCUUCAUUAAGAGGCUGGAAUAUGUCUUUUUUAACGAGGAUGUUGUCGAUCCGGCCGACUUCACUUUGGAUAAGUACAAGCUGGCAUUCGGUGAGGAGGAGGACUUCAAUAUCGAGACUGAGCAGGAGGAGAUCGUUGAGGACGACCUCUUCGAUUUGGACGGGCAAUUGGCCAUCUUCAACGCCCAAGUUUUUGAGUCAUCGUCAGUAUGCAAACCGGGGACACCUCUCGCUACACCUACCUCGGGCGGUCCCACGCCCGUGUCCUCCUCAGCGCCUGUCAAGAGGGGUGGGUUGUUCCGUCUGAGGAGUUCGCCAGGGGAGACUAUUCGUCUCACGCCGCAGCCCGAAUGUCUUCGACCCGGCCAUCCAGUUCCUCCGGACCAUCCACAUCUCAAGGCUCCUGCGACUCCCUUCCACAUGGGCGACAAACACACCUUCUCCACAGCCGAAGAUUGGAGCUAUGAUAUCGUGUGGCACCCAGACCAUUUCCAGCCAGUCCUUCUCGACGGCGAAUGCGCAGUGGCUGUGAGGGACGUAAGUGGAGGGUGGAUAUAUGACGAUCGUUGGGACCUCGAGACAUUCGAAUCUCGCGCCUAUGAUGUGGUAUUGGAGCGAUUAACUGAGGUCAAUCGACGAAGUAAGGACGACCCUGCUCUUCGCGAAUACGGGGACACGCUGUUCGAGUUCUUGCAGUCAAAUAAAUGGCUGGAAGUGUCCUCCGAGUUCUACGCCCUUCCGUCAAGCCCGUCAAUUAAGCAAGUGAGUUGGGAGUUGCCUGGGGUCACCCCGCCGGUAGGAGUUGUGAAGCGCAAGUCUCGCGGAAAGGACGGCAACGGGGAUGGUGAAGGCGGCGGGCAACGAGGUACCGGAGGUGGAAGUGAGCAGCGUUCGACGAAACAGCGGUCUCCGGGGCACGCAGGCAGCGGAGAGGGGAAAAAGGGCAGCCGGGAGAAGAAGAAGCCUCGCAGCGGAGAGAAGACAAAGCAUCACAGAGGAGGCAGGCAGGGGGGUGAUGUUGACCGCGACGAGGACGGUGGGGUUCUGGCGGUAACAGGCAACACCUCAAUGGAGACGGGGAACGACUUGAGGCCUGGGUGUAUUACGCGGCCUGGCGAGCAGGACCCUGUGAUUAGCUCCACCAACGAAACACAGUUUGUCGAUGCGGUUGGCGGGGCGGGUGUCGCAAAGCAGGGAACAUGCUUCGCUCAGCUCCAAAAACGGUUAGCGGGUUGUCUCGGAUCAAUCCGAACCUCGGAGACGACCUCGUUGUCCGGAACUCAAUGCCUUCCGGGAAGCGAGACGACAACAUACCACUGGUCCGGCAGCGACAAGCUGGAACCGUGUUCCGUUUCGCCUCAAAAGGAAUUUCGGAUUAAUCCGAACCGCGAAGGCCGUGCCAUCGAGGGAGCACAACUGUCUACAGAACUCGAACGGGUGGUCCGGGUUUCCGAAAACCCUGGCGACGGAAUUCGGAUUCAUCCGAACCAGGAAGCCGUGUCUGCCAUGACAGACGAUCGGUGUCAGGAUGCAGUAAUGCUGUGCGUGGAAGCCCACAAGGAGCUGCAGGCGGACUGUCGGACUGAGGGUGAGUUGGCGACCAGUUCCAAUGUCGAGCCCAACAGACUCGGAGCCAAGUUAGCAGUCGUAAGCGACUCCCCGGUGAAAGCGGUCAUGUCGGCGUCAUUGGAAACUGCGGGGGAUCGGAUGAAUCCGAACCAGGGCCCUGUGAACAUCUCCCUCCCUGAUGCAUCUUUGGAGACGACCGUGAUUCGGAUUCAUCCGAGGCACACGGACGAAGGACUUCAAAUAGCAGGCGUUGAGGGUUGUCGACUACUGACGACUUUGGACAAGGACAAUUCCGCCGACGAACGGACUGAUCCGACACUCAAGGACGUCGGGAUGGAGCUACCAGUUCAGCCGGGAUACGACGAUCCCUUGUACUCCGCCCUUCACAACGAGGCGACGGGGGAGGACGAUCUGAAGAAGGCCUCUGACGUUGUUGGAGAUAGAUUUCUCUAUUUGAGUGACGACGACAAAGACACAACGUACGGGGACAAGAAGUUAAGGGGGGGAGAGGUGUUGUUGGACAUCCAUGGGACAUUGAGCCCAACACAAUAAGACACAGUGGCAAUGGAGAAAACACAACCUGCCGAUGUUGUGGACGUCGACGAUCUUUGUCCGGAGACGAAUAUACCGUCUACGGUCAUCGACGCCG